AGCCAUGGCGACAACAGCUCAGUAUAUUCCGCGGAAUAACUCGUUGCCUUCGAACCCGCUAAUGCAUCCGGAUUCGGACAGGAUGCACCAGGGGACGACCUAUAGAGAAGUGCAGAAAAUGAUGCACCACGAGUACUUACAAGGGCUAGCGACCAACACAGGACAUCCGAUGAGCCUAACGCACCACCAGUGGCUGCCAACCUCCAACACCGACUGGACCAGCGGCACCCACAUCGGACAAGCGGAGCACAACAAAGGCAGCGUGCAGAGCAGAGAAGACCUGGGGAACGGCUAUCACAGAUCGCAUCUGGUCCACCAGCCGACACAAAACAGCCACCACGGAUCAUGGGCGCCGACUACAACACACCACUUAUCCCCGCUCUCUCCCGCCUCCAAUGGUCACCAGUCGCUGGUCUACUCUCAGACGGGCUACACUAUGUUAAGCCCCCAGCCGUCGCUGCACCACGGCUUGCGGGACCCGCUCCACGACGACGCGGGUAGCCAUGACAACCAGAUGGAGUCACCUCAGCAGCCGUUCAGCCACCACCAGGACCACUCGGACGAAGACGCCCCAAGCUCCGACGACCUGGAGCAAUUCGCCAAACAGUUCAAGCAGAGACGCAUCAAACUUGGUUUUACGCAGGCGGACGUGGGCUUAGCGCUGGGCACGCUCUACGGAAACGUCUUUUCCCAAACCACAAUCUGUCGAUUUGAGGCUCUGCAACUGAGUUUCAAGAACAUGUGCAAACUUAAACCUCUGCUUAACAAAUGGCUCGAGGAGACAGAUUCAAACACUGGCAGCCCCACGAAUUUGGACAAGAUUGCAGCACAGGGCCGGAAACGAAAGAAGAGGACCUCCAUCGAAGUCGGAGUGAAAGGGGCACUGGAAAACCAUUUCUUAAAGUGCCCCAAGCCCUCCGCCCACGAAAUCACCUCUUUAGCUGGCACUCUGCAGUUGGAAAAAGAGGUUGUGCGUGUGUGGUUUUGCAACAGAAGACAAAAAGAGAAAAGAAUGACACCGGUGGGGGUCCCUCAUCCAACCAUGGAGGACGUAUACUCACAAGCGGAGACACCCCCUCUCCAUCACACGCUACAGAGUUCUGUCCAGUGACUGCUAUCAUAAACAGUGUACUUGUUUGAAAAGAAACUACAAUGGAUUUUGUUUAUCCCCUUUGUUUAUCCCAAGAGAUCAGAGACAAAAAAGUUUGGGAAGAGUUCGCUGACAGUGACCGCACAGCUUACGGGACGCCAAUAAUUCUGAAUAACGUGAAAAUGCAUUAAGUACCACGUCAGCUUCGCGUGCAUUUAUCAAAUCAGUACCAGUGUUUACGAAAAUCGUAUCGCUUGUGCCACUCUGGAAAAAUUCGAUUCUUUCACCGCCGAUCAAAGGGAGCUACGAGCCACAAAAAGGGCAAUGUCUCAUUGGACAAAGGAGAGUGGACAGUGAUUUUAUUAACGCGAUUAACCAGAUUAAUUAUCACAAUGAUUUAUCCGACAUUAUUUGUGUUGUUUACUUCUUUUUUUUUAGAACGUUUUAACGUUAAGAUCUUUUUUUCUGUCUAGCGAGUAUUUUACUUUAAUUUCAACUAAGACAGAUGAAAUUCGUGAUGUAAAGAACAGGCACUUGGUCAAAACCUCCAACACAAGCAAGUGCACCAGAAACUGUUUACAAUGAUCAUUUCUUAGCACCUGCUAUCGUCUAAAGAUGCAUAGACGUUAAAUUGGCAACAUGAAUACACUGUCUGAAACCAUAUUUAGUCAUAUUGAGUUCUACUGCUUUCAUUUUUUCCUCUUUGCAUCAGGCACUUAUAAUGUUAUAUAAUGUUAUUUUAAUUUCCUUUUUUUUUAACAAUGUAUUUGUUUGAGGUAUACAACAUUAAUGCUUUGCUUGUUUACAAUUUUCUUUUUCGAUUUCGUGUUAUUUUGAACCGGCACUAUUCCAGCAAGUCUGCUCCAGCUAAACAUAUUGAGAGUGAUGAGUCAAAAUGAAAAAGAAAGAAAUAUCUCAGGUAAUUUUCAGUGCCCAAAAAUCGUGCUGUACUCUUAGUUCUUCUUCAAAUUGGCCAACUCUUGACGCUCUCUAUGUCAGCUGUGCCCGUUUAGUUUCUGUUAAUUACAUUUUGCAUCCUACUCAUGAGCCUGGACACGGAGAAAAGUAGUUGUUGUAGUGAAUAAGGGAUGUGUUUUCGGGACUUCUUUUCAGGAUUGGAGGAAAAAUAGUAGGCUGGUAACGUUUCGGGUUGUUCCUCAAGGUCUGGCAUUUUUCAUUGGACAGCAGGUGUUCAUUUCUGCAGUGUUAUUUGAAACAGUGUGAUUAUACAACCUUUUCCAAAAAAGUAAUAAAAAUAAA